AUCUACUGUGAUAAAGCUUCAAGAAAUCCUGGAAAUGUUAAAAAUAUCAAGAAUUCCGUAAAUGCUCAAUUAGCGCCCCGAGCUCUUAUUUAAAAUUUUCUCUUUAAGUGUAGGCGCUUAUUCGAGAGGGGUGGUAAAUAAAGGGGACGUGUAUAAAAAGGUCUCAUUUUUGUAUCAUGUGAUUUAGAGAAACCACAAUGGUAGUAAAAUAAGAUAACAGCUGUUUUUAUUAGAACAAAAAAAUAGACAUAACAUCUUGACAUAAAAUUUGUUACUGUAGAUAAUUUAAAAAAAAAGUUAAUUUCCAUUUCGAAUAAGUGGGGAGCUUAUGAUACGAAUUACAAAUCAGGUGGGAGCCUAUUCGAAUGGGCGUUUAUUCGUGAGUGGGUGGUUAAUCGAGCAUUACAUGGAAUUUAUAUAAUGUAAAGCUUAGUUUGUUAUCCUGAUAAACUGUUUAUAAAAGGAGCACCCAAAGGAUCAAAAUGGACGACGAUUUCGCUUUAGCGUUACAACUCAAUGAUCUUCUCAAUAAAGAAGAAGAACAAUACAACGAUGGUUUAGUAAAACAUAUUAAUGUUAGUAAAGUUGACCAUGGUAACCCAUUAUCUAUUGUGGACGAUAGCUGGGAGUUACUCGAUCCGGUUCCUAACAUACGAGAAUUAUUUGUGGAGUUUAAUGGUGCUUAUUUUGAUGGUAUGUUGGCAGGCGUGGAAGUAAAAUGGAGUUCAAGAAUGACUUUAUGCGCUGGAGUGUGUUGUUACGAAGGUCGCGGUGGUUUAUGUUCGAUCAAAUUGAGUGAACCCCUAUUGAAGUUGAGGCCACGGAAAGAUCUUGUUAAUACCUUACUACACGAAAUGAUUCAUGCGUUAUUGUUUGUCACCGAUAAUAAUAAGGAUCAUGAUGGACACGGUGAUGAAUUUCAUAAACAUAUGUAUAGAAUAAAUAAACAGACAGGAUCCAACAUUACAGUCUAUCACACAUUUCAUGACGAGGUCAAUUUGUAUCGACAGCAUUGGUGGAGAUGCGAUGGACCUUGUGUAAAGCGACCUCCAUAUUAUGGGAUUGUUCGCCGCGCUAUGAAUCGACCACCUUCGUCACGUGAUCCGUGGUUUAACGUACAUAAACAAUCUUGCGGUGGCACUUUUACUAAAAUAAAAGAACCUGAAAAAAAUACAAAGAAGAGUGGAAAUAAAAAUCAAGUCGAUAAAAGUCGAAUCGAUAAAAAUAAAAUCGAUAAAAAUAAGAACGGUAAAAAUUUUGAUGAAACUAGUGGGAAUUCUAAAGUAUUGUCAGAUUGGUUGAAGACGAAAAACGAGUCCAUUGUAAAUUCUAAAAAUAAAAAUGAAAAGACACUUACCAUGGAUUCUUUUUGGACAAACAAAGCGCUUAAAUCGAAUGUGAAAGGCUUUAACGAAAUUUCGUCGGAAUCUUCAAGCAACGAAGUAUUUCCCGCAUCUUCAAGAAAUUCUUCUAGCGACGUACACGGGUUUAAGAUGUCUGUUAGAAGAACGUCUGCGAAGGAAGUAAAUGUGUUUUCAGGACAUGGCUUUAAAAUGAAUAGUUCUCAGCAGCCUAGCUCGUUGACUUCUUAUAGAGAGGCUUUUCUUAAAAAAGUGGAGGGGAAUAUGUCUAGUUUUAGUUCCACGAAUAAACUUAACACCAAUGUUCCAAAGACUAGUGUUUUAAGUAAAAGAAAAACACUUGGCCAGGAUUCAAAUACUGAAGUGUCUAUGAAUAAAAAAGUUAAAACGAACAGUGAUAUGUUUGAAAAUAAUGAUCAGACAGGUUCUGUAAGUUAUGGAAUACGAUCAGAUCACGUGACAACAAAAGAGAAACUGGACAAGCCCAGUCAAAAUCGUAUACCGUCGACCAAUCAGGAGCUGGAUAAUCAGACUUCGACCAAUCAGAAGUCUCGGAAUAUUAUUGUUAUUGAUGAUAAUGAUGAUGAUAUCGUCACAAAUACUUGUACUCUAGUAGAAUGUCCUGCUUGUCCAGCUAAAGUUCCAGAACACGAAUUAAACAAACACUUAGACACUUGUUUGAUGUGAGUGGUUUUAAAAACGCGAACAGUUGCUAAAUGCGAAUAAUAACUAAAAGCGCUUUAUGUCAACAACUUACGCGAAAAGAAAAUCUGCGUAUUUGUAAUAUAUUUACUAUUUUAUGAGCAAAUUUUUCACGUUUAGGCAAAAUCGACGUUCAUAGUGGACGUAUGGUUCACAAUGUGACCGAAAUACUUAUUUGAAAAAUGUUGCAGUUGAGAAUGUGAUGUAAAUUUUUUGGAAAAGGCGUGACGUUAGUUUGUGACAAAGUAAGUCUAGAAUAUUGCAUAUAAUUUAUUUUCGCUCCCAUGCUUUUUAAUGCAAGAAUUUUUAUCUCUUUUGUUAAAUAUGUUAUUAUGUUUAUAAAUAAAAUGACUGAAUA